AUGUCUUCCACUGCGAUAUUUCUGGGUGCAUUUGCUCUUCUGGUCCUGCCGAUCGCAGGCUACGUCGUCUACCAAGUCAAACUUCACCCUCUCGCCAAGCAUCCUGGCCCGUUUCUCGCCAAACUGACCAAUGCGUACGGGGCCUACCAUGCACUCAAAGAGGACGUCCACCUGGAAAUGUGGAGAUGUCACCAGAAGUACGGUGACUUUGUCCGCUGGGGGCCAGACCGUGUUCUGGUGAACACUGCUUCUGGAAUGAGAGAUAUCUACACGUCGGGCAAGAACGUAGUCAAGAGCCGCGGAUACAAUGCCUUGGUGCACGUGGUCCCCAGCGUGCUGACCAUACGCGACAAAAAGCAAGCCUCCACUCGGCGACGGCUGCUCGCCGAAGGCCUAUCGGAUGCCGCUCUGCGCAGCCACGAGCCCAUCAUCCUCACACACGUCGACAGGCUCUGCCAAGUCCUUGGUCCAGCGGAUGACGUCUGGUCGGAACCUCGAAACAUGGCACACUGGUGCAGCUAUCUCGCCUUCGAUAUCAUGUCCGAAGUCGUUUUCGGGCAGAAGUAUGACCUACUGGGUAGUCCGACGCACCGUUACAUCGUGCCCGCCAUCAAUGGUUCCAACAUUCGCACCACGGUGUUGGGCUACCUCCCACAGCUCGUGUGGCGCCGACUCGACAAAAAGCUCUUUUCCGCCUCCAUCAAAGCGCGCAACGUAUUCCUAGCCUUCAUGAACGCCAUGCUGCAAGCCCGUUUCCACCACGCCGCCUCCUGCUCCGGUGGCGACGGCCUGGACGGCCAGCGCCGUGACGUCUUCUCCGCGCUGCUCAAGCCGCCACCGCCCGCCGAGAAGGGCGGUGAGGUCGACAGUGUGCUGAACCAGUACCGCAUCCGCUCCGACAGCGCAACCCUAGCCAUAGCAGCAACCGACACCGUCUCCACAGCCCUCUCCACCACCCUCUUCUACCUCUCGCGCCCCGCCCACGCCUCUGCCCUGCGUCUCGCUGCGGCCGAAGUCCGCCGCGCCUUUCCCACGCGCGCCUCCAUCCGCCAGGGCACCGCGCUGACCUCGUGCACCUACCUGCGCGCCUGCAUCGACGAGUCCAUGCGCGUAACAGCGCCUGUCGGAGGCGCCUUGUUCCGCGAAGUAGGUCCGGGAGGGGUGGUGGUUGACGGACAGUGGUUCCCAGAGGGCGUCGAUGUGGGGACUGGCAUGUACAGCAUUCAUCGGAGUGGGCGGUAUUUCGAGCGUGGGGAGAGGUGGGAACCGGAAAGGUGGCUGGUCGACGAGGCGGCCGGGGAGGGAGAAGAGAGGCUGAAGGCGAUGCGGGGCGUGUUCCAUCCGUUCAGUUUUGGGCCGAGGGCGUGCUUGGGGAAGGGCAUGGCAUUGGCGGAGAUUUUGUUGACAGUAGCGAGGUUGUUGUGGGAGUUUGAGAUUGAGGAGGUGGUCGAGAGGCGAGAUGAUGGUAGUGAUGUUGUCGUUGGCGGGGGGGAUCCGCUUAGCGGGCCGUCUGGCCGCCGCGAUCCCGGUGAGUAUCAGUUGUAUCACGGGGGCAUCACGAGCUCAAAGAGCGGGCCGAUGUUGCGGUUUCGUCGGAGAGUUGUAGCUCAGGUGGAGGCUGCGGAGAAGGAGGGGGAACCGGUGGUUCAGAAGUAA